AUGGGCAAUGAUUCUGAGACCAAUGGCGCAGCCAAAUAUGAAAGAACGCAACAACAGCCCGAGAACCCAUUUGCAGCCCUGAUACCGGAUCAAACCAUCGCUAUAAUCCCCUCUUUCACCCUUGAAUCGGGCGUAACGCUGUACAAUGUCCCGUUGGCAUACAGUACAAGAGGAACCCUCUGUCCGGACCGGGAUAAUGCUAUGGUCAUCUGCCAUGCCUUGACUGGCAGCGCAGAUGUUGGCGACUGGUGGGGUCCUCUGCUAGGAGGCCCUGGGCGAGCAUUUGAUAUAUCGAGGUUCUUCGUUAUCUGUAUGAACAGUUUAGGAAGCCCCUACGGGAGUGCCAGUCCUGUCACUUGCAAAGAUGGGGACCAGAAGAACGAGAGAUACGGCCCGGAGUUUCCUCUAACCACGAUACGGGAUGAUGUCAAUCUACACAAACUACUACUGGACGAGCUAGGAGUUCGGCAGGUCGCCGCGGUCAUUGGAGGCUCUAUGGGAGGCAUGUUAGUCUUGGAAUGGGCAUACUUUGGCAAGGACUAUGUUCGGUGCAUUGUACCAAUCGCCACAUCAAGUCGGCAUAGCGCUUGGGGGAUCAGUUGGGGAGAAGCACAGAGACAAAGCAUUUACGCCGACCCCAAGUACGAUGAUGGAUACUAUCCAUUCUCGGAUCCCCCCACCGCCGGCCUAGGAGCAGCCCGUAUGUCAGCCCUACUCACAUACCGAAGCAGAAACUCCUUUGAGGCAAGGUUCGGCAGAAACACUCCAGAUGCGUCCAAGAAGCAGACUAUCAUCCAAGACCAACACCCUUCAAGCCCGUCGGAGAUCCAUCUAGCUAUCCACAAUGAUGGCCAUCGGUCGAAACGCGCUCCACUAUCUAGACCAGGAAGCUCUGCUGAUAUAAAAAUCUCGACCUUACCAUCAAAUAGCAAUUCCGCCGAUUUUGCAGAUCCUCAGUUCCACGGUGCCACGCCCUCUGUUUCGCCUGGGCCUACAAAUCCAAUGUCAGAGCGUAAGCGAGGAACUUCAACAUACUUCUCAGCACAAUCAUACCUCCGUUACCAGGGCGAGAAAUUCGUGAAGCGCUUCGACGGCAACUGCUACAUAGCCAUUACCCGAAAACUAGAUACACAUGAUGUCUCUCGAUACCGUGUGUCGGCGGACUCCACCACUCCCAUAGCCGACGCACUUGCUCAAAUCCAACAGCCAACCCUCGUUCUUGGCAUCGAAAGCGACGGUUUGUUUACCUUCGACGAGCAAAAGGAAAUUGCAGCAUCGAUCCCUGGUGCCAGAUUGCGAAAGAUUGAUUCGCCAGAGGGUCACGAUGCUUUCUUGCUGCAGUUCGAACAGGUCAACAAGCACAUCUUGGAGUUUUUGAAGGAUGUCCUGCCGGAUAUUAUGGAUGCGCCAGGCCGAGAGGACGCUAUUGCUGAAGAUGGAGUCGGUGCGGUGAUGAAAAACAGUACGUUCGGGGAAGCCGAAAUAGAGGAUAUCACUGCGUGGUAA